GCGCGGGCCCGCAGGCACUCCCGAGAGCGCGCCGCUGGCCCCGAGAGCCCGAGCGCGGGGCACGCGCCUUUCCUCCACCUGAGCGCGAAGCGCCCGCCGGCGGGGGCCAGGCCGAAAAGCCUGCCACCCCCCAAGGCGCUGCCAGCGGCGGCGACAAGCCAGCAGCCCCAGGAGCAGCAGGGGCUGGGCGACCAGGGACGCGGGCACGACGACGCCCUGGCCGACGCCUCCUUCGACGAGGUGUUCGCCGCGCAGGAGGCGCUCGAGCGAGCUCUGAAGCGCCGCGCCGCGGAGGCCCUCGGCGCCGACAAGGACACGUCGGAGGCGAAGCGCCGCGAGGUCGAGGAGGCAGCGGGGCUCAUGGAGCGCGCGCAGAGGCUGCUGCAGCAGGCUGCCGAAGCUGUGCUGCCCAGCGCGGGCGCGGAGGAGCUGACCGAGGAAGCGGCGACCGAGCCUGCUCAGGAGGCCCAGGAACCGACGCGGCGCGAGUGCGGCAGGGAGCUGUUCGCCUUCUCGGAGUUCGUCCGCGGCGACCAGCCAGGAGCUCCAGGACCAGCCGAACUUCUGCUCCAGGCUUGCUACGCAGCGAACCAGAACAGGCUCGGCGAGUAG